AUGAAAGUCAGGCGGGGCGUCGGAAAGGUGCUCCGCAGCAAAGAUCGCUUGCUGUGGCCGAUCACCAUGGUGACCCUUUGUGACAAUGUGAGCGCAAGGGAGAAGUAUGCGCAGGACGGAGGUUUUGCUCUGGCCAGCGCGCACUUCAUUCUGUGGGCCUGGUACCUGGCCUGCUUUGAGGCAUUAAAGGCAAGUGACACCCUUUGGCUAGAAAUGCUUUGGGAAGCCGGCUGCUCUGUUACGAUUCAGAUUCGCUAUUGCCCUGAUCCAGCUGACUGGACCUUGGCGUGCCACAAAGCAUCAGAGUCUGUGAAGGCAUUGGGUGCUUCUGCCCCUGCCCUCUCAGACACUUUCUUGAAGUUUUGCACUGUGGUGGAGACACUGAAUGUCCAAUCUUUGCAGGAGGGCGUAAAGCUCAACUUGACCUUCAACAAUGCACCUUACAAUGCUUCAAUGCAUAAAGCUGUGCAAGCAGUCCAAUCAGUUUUGCAUGGAGGAUGUGGGUCUCGGGUUUUCGAGACAAGCAUGACAAGACUGGAAAUGAAGUUUGGGAGAGAGCUACUAUCCAAUGCCUACAGCAAACUGCACAGGCUUGUUGUUUUGGCUCGGAAGGGUGCGAAGCCAGAACGCCCCACCCAUGCAGUGGCGGCCUGGCUUGUGGACAUGCUCUAUGUCGCAUUGAGCUCCAAUCUCCUCUCUGUCAUCAAGUCGACUGAGGCUGCUUUGGAUCGAGACAGAAAGACUGGCGCUGCAGGUUUUUGGCCUGCUUCAUUGAUUGUCCUGGCGUUUGAUUUCCUGCAACCUUUGGUGCUGAAGCUUCCAGACGGUGAUGCUGACAAAUGCCUCCAAGUCACGAAACAGAUCCAAGCACCUAUCCAGUGCUGGGAAGCAUUCCUCCAGGCUCAGUUUCAGGCCAGCGGUGAAGCAAUAGAUGAGGAUGCAGCUGUCAAGGCAGAGGCGCCAGACUCAGAACAGUCUGAGCUAGACAAGGCAAAGGCAGACUUCAACAAGGCUACAGGUGCACUGCUUGAGUUGCUAGUGGAUUUGGUUGCCGGAAAGCAUCUGGAUGAUUGCAAGGAUUUGGCGAAGAACGACACAAAGGGAGACAGCAGUGAAUCUGCCGCGGCCAAGAGGGAGGAGACUUGGAAACAAGUGCAGGCAGAGAGACGAAAGAGCUUUGCCUCGAAAGAUCACUUGACCAAUGCCUUCCGACAAUGUGGCAAAGUGCACAGCCAUUCUGGCCAACUGAAUUCAAGCCACCGCUUGCUUACAGCUUCAGCUGAUUUGCUCAGCGAGCACAAGGAUGAACCUUGGCUGACCCAAGCGUGCCCAGACAAGACCGCAUGGAAAGCCAUUGUGGAGUUUUGCGGCUCCUGCACAGGCUCUUCUGACUUCGCGCUGGUCUUUGAUGGCAGGAUGCGUGAAGUGAGGCGCACGCACGAAGAUUUAUUGCUUUCCCAGCCGCAGACGGAAGAGAUCCAUGUGAUCUACACUGGGGGUUGCCCGCCCAGGGCAGGCCGAACGCGGCGGACACCCUUCACAGCCAAGAAGGUUGAGACCGCUGUGGUCAGGUUUCCUGUCUCCAGACUUCGGAUCAAGACGGCCAAGAAGGAAAGGUUCACUUCAUGCGGAGAAGCGACUAAUUAUCAAGGGACAUACAGUGGGGUCAAGUUUCGACCUGCCUCAGAGCUGCCCUUAAUUUCCUCUCAGGAGAAGGGGAAGGUUCUGGCCACAGCUGUCCCAGCCGUCCCUGCCGUCAAAGCAGCUCCAGACACAUGGAGGGAUCUUCACGGCGAAGACGUGCCUUUGUUUUGGCAGGAGGGCAAGCCCAUUUGCUUCUACAUUGCCCUGCUUGACGAGCUGAAGAUUAAGGCUGUCUUCGAUGUCACGCCAGGGACAGGAGCCUUGAUGGAGGCAUGCCUGACACGAGGCGUGCAAUACCACGGCCUAUGCCUCAACAGAGACCACCUGUCCUGGCUACAGGCUAUUGCAGACAGGGCAGCUUGUGGGCUUGCCUCUGUGCAAGCAUCCAGCCUCUACUCAGAGGCGCUUGCGAAGGACAUCAAAAGCCAUUUUCCAGAUGUGCUCCUUGCACUCGUGCCGCAAGCCAAUGAGGAUGAAGAUGUCUUGGAGCCUGCGAGCGGUGACGAGGAAAUGCAAAGGCUUGGAAAGCUGUGGGCCAGCUUACCUGAAAAUGAAAAAGCAAAAUACAGGGCCUUAUGCGUGGAGGAAUAUGCCAGGCAGCGCGAUUCCUUGAAGCAGAGCGGGCUUGGAAAGGUGCGAAGGCAACCUGCCAAGCCUCAGCAGGAGCCUUUGAAGCCUGCCAGUGAAACACAGCUUCCUGCUGCAGAGAGGCCAACACCCUUCCACAACUUUGUUCCUGUAGCAGAUCCAAGCAACACACAGCAGUGUGUUCUGCUGGGAGAGGGAAGCUAUGGCUGUGUCAUGCUUUGCCAUCACCUUGAUGGUCGGAAAUGCGCAGUCAAAGUGUUCAAAGGCAAAUCUGCCAUUCGUGACAUGCAGUGGGAAGCAUCGCUCAUGAAGCUUUGCGUGCAGGCGCCGGAAGCCCACUGGUACCGCAUGGACAUGACUGAGGAGCGCUACGACAAGAUCGCCAGCGACACCGACUGCAGCACCACCGCGAGCAAUAUGGGCCAGACGUACGGAGGGGUGCGGAAUAAGGCUCAUGGCUUUCAAGAAGCACCAGAAGGAUGCUGGCAACUUCGGAGCACUCUGGUCGUCUAUUGGAGCACGGGCGUUGGCCUCAACUGCAACUAUGACAAGAGUUACGUGAUUUGCGAGGUGGCCCCCACCACGACCUCCUCGACCUUCACGAGCUUCACCACCAGUUCUUCCACUGCAACAGCCACGACGCUCACCGUGACCACUGCGACGAGCUCUUCCAGCAGCUCCACGACCAGCAGCACAAGCUCCAGCAGCAGCUCGACUUCACAGUCUUCCACAAGUAGCAGCUCCACGAGCAGCUCAACCAGCUCUUCCAGCAGCUCCACCAGCAGUUCCUCGAGCAGCUCCUGGAGCACCUCAACGAGCUCACAGACCAUGUCUAGCACGUCGACCUCACAGUCCAACACCACCACGGCCCGGACACUGAGGACUAGCCGCUACCGACUGGACGCAGGAUAG